GAGCCCCUGAGCAGUUGUUAAACUCUGAGUAGACACGUCAGUAACAUGCCAGCCCGAGUGUUUGGGGGAGGAGAAAGCUGCUGGGUGCAUGCCUCCUGGAUUCAGCUGCCCGCGCCGGGAGAUGUGUGAGGUUGGGUGUGCGUGCUGUCACAGGCACACAGGCAAGGGCAGCUAAGAGUGAGCUCCGGUGCUCUGCUUCCCCGGGGGGAGAGGAAGGCUGCUGCUGCGACUACAAGCUGGCAGGAUCAUGACAGAGCCAAGCAGCAGAAAGGAAGGAUUUAAAAAGUGCCGGAGUGCCACUUUCAGCAUCGAUGGCUAUAGCUUUACAAUUGUUGCAAAUGAGACAGGUGACAAAAACGCACGACCUCUCUCCCGAUUUGCCCGUUCUAAAUCACAAAACUGCUUGUGGAACACCAUUAUCGAUGGGCUGACCGGCAACCUCAAGGAAAGGCCAAAGCCGACCAUCAUCAAUGACCCAAGACCUCCUGAAGAAAUCUUAGCGGAUGAACUACCACCAGUGGACAGUCCCGAGGCAUUGGUGAAAACAUCUUUCAGGAGAAAAUACAAGAAAACAUCACAGAGGUUGCGGUCUUUGGUAAAGCAGUUAGAGAGAGGGGAAGCUUCAGUUGUAGACCUAAAGAAGAACUUGGAAUAUGCUGCGACUGUUCUUGAGUCAGUAUACAUUGAUGAAACUAGGCGUUUACUGGACACAGAAGAUGAACUCAGUGACAUCCAGUCUGACUCUGUGCCCUCGGAGGUCCGGGACUGGUUGGCUUCUACCUUCACACGGCAAAUGGGGAUGAUGCUCAAAAGGACAGAGGAGAAACCCCGGUUCAGGAGUAUUGUCCAUGCAGUACAAGCUGGGAUAUUUGUGGAAAGAAUGUACAGACGGACUUCAAAUAUGGUUGGUUUGAGCUACCCACCAGCUGUAAUUGGAGUGCUAAAGAAUGUAGACAAGUGGUCCUUUGAUGUAUUUGCACUAAAUGAUGCCAGUGGGGAUCAUGCACUGAAAUUCAUUUUCUAUGAACUUCUCACACGCUAUGAUCUGAUCAACCGCUUCAAGAUCCCCAUUUCUGCCCUGGUGUCCUUUGUGGAAGCUCUGGAGGUUGGCUACAGCAAACAUAAAAAUCCUUACCACAACCUGAUGCACGCUGCAGAUGUGACACAGACGGUCCAUUACCUCCUUUUCAAGACAGGCGUAGCACACUGGCUGACAGAACUGGAGAUCUUCGCUAUGAUCUUUGCAGCUGCCAUCCAUGACUAUGAACACACUGGAACCACCAACAACUUUCACAUCCAGACGCGGUCAGACUCAGCCAUUCUAUAUAAUGACCGGUCCGUGCUUGAGAAUCACCACGUUAGUGCAGCGUAUCGUCUUUUGCAAGAUGAUGAAGAGAUGAAUAUUUUAUCUAACCUCUCAAAGGAUGACUGGAGGGAAUUCAGAGCUCUAGUGAUCGAGAUGGUGUUGGCCACCGAUAUGUCCUGUCACUUCCAGCAAAUCAAAGCCAUGAAGAAUGCUUUGCAGCAGCCAGAAGGAAUUGACAAGCCGAAAGCCUUAUCACUGUUGUUGCAUACAGCAGAUAUCAGUCAUCCAGCCAAGGCCUGGGAUCUCCAUCAUCGCUGGACCAUGUCUCUGCUAGAGGAGUUCUUCAGACAGGGUGACAAAGAAGCAGAACUAGGGCUUCCCUUCUCUCCACUGUGUGAUCGCAAGUCUACUAUGGUUGCUCAGUCUCAAAUAGGUUUCAUUGAUUUCAUCGUGGAACCCACUUUUACUGUGCUGACCGACAUGACCGAGAAGAUUGUGACUCCGCUCAUUGAUGAAGCUUCCCGCUCUGGCAUGUCUGGGUUCAGGCGUUCCAGUCUGAAUAGCAUUAAUCCCUCUGAAGUUAAAAGAUCAAGUGUCAAGAGCACUGGGUCCGAAGGAAGUGCCUCACUCAACUGCUCCAUACUCACUGUGGAUUUCAAAUGUUUUAAAGCCACCUGGACUGAGGUGGUGCAGCAGAACCGCGAGAAAUGGAAAGCGCAAGCCACCAAAGAAGAAAAAGCUAAGAAAGAAGCAGAGGAAAAUGCUCAUCAGGGAACAGAUGAAAAGAAAACAGAUGAAAAGGAUGAGAAGAAGUCAGCUGAAGAUACCACAGCAGCAAAGACAGAGAACAGCAAAGAACCAAAUCCAGGGGAAAACAAAAGUGCAGAUUCCAAUAAGAAUCAUGUAAAUGGGACUCGGCAAACUGGGGUGAACAAACACGAAGCCUCUCAAGCAAAAAAUGCACCUAGGACAGAGAAGGGAAUGGACUCUCAUCAUCCAGCGGGAGAAGAGAAACAGCAUGUCCGUAAUGGUGAAUUAAAGGAAGACAAUAAGUUGGACAAAAAAGAUCAGUCAAGUGUGGGGGAUGAAUCAAAGAAAACAGAUGAUACAGAAGAGUAAAAACGUAUAAAAAAAGAGACUGCAAAUUUCUUUCAUCAUUUUAGCUGAGCUUCUUCAUUCCUGUUCUCCUCCUUCCGCAAAGACCAGUUUCUGGGGAAGGCGUUAGACAACUUUCAAAGCACUCCUCCUCCCACUGGCUACUUCACAGCUAAUGACUCUGGGUUCUAGGGUGGGGGCCUUGGUUUUUGGUCAGUUUGAUUUUUGUUUGUUUGUUUGAUCCUGUAUCUGUGCAUUUUCUGUUGUUUUGGGAAGUUUUUUAUUAAGAAAAACAAGUGGUGGUUUCCUGAUGCAAAUCAUAGAAUCACAGAAUGGUUUGGAUGGGAAAGGACCAUAAGAUCAUCCAGUUCCAACCCCCUGCCAUGGGCAGGGACACCUUUCACUAAACCAUGUCGCCCAAGGCUCUGUCCAACCUGGCCUUGAACACUGCCAGGGAUGAAGCAUUUACCACUUCUUUGGGCAACUUGUUCCAGUGCCUCACCACCCAAUGGUUCUUUUCCUACGGACAGGUCAAGCCAAUACAUGAGAGUCACCUUCAAAAGUUGGUAUUGCCCUUUGCUAUGGCUCAGCUUGUGAAACCAACAUUAGGAUGAUGCAAAAGAAUAUACAUAUAUUAAAAAAGUAAACUUGGUAAUACUUCACUUCUACUCUUUUCCCUGAAAGCCUUUCCAAUUGCUGGUAGACAGAAUUUGCCACCAGUUUUACCCUUGCUGUAGAAGACUUUGUUAAUAAGAAUGGUAAUUUGUAGAGUCAUUUGACCACUUGUUAGGAUUUGAUGUCUUUCCCAGACAAUGCAAUGAUAGUAAAAUGUUUUUGUUUCUAAACAGCAGGCAGACUCACUGGUUUGCCCUGGUUUUGCUGUUAGUAAGAGGAAAGGAAUAAUUCAAUGAAAGCCAUAUUCCCUUGGGGCAAUUUUGUUGUCAGACUCUGAGAGCAUGUACUAAUGUACUGCUUGAUGUGCCUGCCUUAACUUGAGAUUACAGAUAACGAGCUGUUUCCCACAUUUAUUCAUGGGCUACUCUUUAUGUGACCUGAAGAUCUAAGAGAUGAAGGGCAUCAGGGAAUCACACAGGGAAUCACACAGAUCAAUUGUUACUUUCAUCUCAGUGUGGUCUUUCUUUCAUCACUGACUGAAUGGACAGGCCAAAGAAAGGGAAAAGCAUUGCUGGAGAAGUAUAGACAAAACCAAAAUGAAACAGUGUGUCCUAAAUAUGCUGCUGGAGUCGAUGGAUAAAACUGUCUCAUCCAGUGCAGUUAGACACAUGGAAAGUAGCCAUCAUUUUGGCCCAUUUCUAAGAAGAAAUGUUAUAAACCUAACUCAGGCCUUGAUUCAAGAAGGUAUCCUUGUAUAAGAAACAUCAGACAUGUAUGUGAGUGCUUUUCUGACUUGGGAUCUUGGUAGGGAUCCAGUUAAUUGUAAGUAAUUUUACCUGUCUAUGUGGAAAUCAAGACUUGUACGUAUACAUACAGCUGUUUUUUGCCUAACUCCUUUUUGUUCAGGAUGAGGUCUUGCUGUGUUGUGUAUGUGUUAUACAAGGAAUCAGACUGCUGUCAUGGCUCUUUGCUAUGUAGAGAACAUGCAAAACAUUGGCUUAGGAAGGUAAAUCUUUGGUGUUUCCUUUUCAUGUUCAAAAGCACAGGACUUUACCACCAGCCUAUAUUAUAUAUUAGAGCUUGGGUCUCUGUUCCUGCUUAAACUGUGCAUGUACAGGGACAAGCUUCCUGUGACACUAGCAAAAAUCACAGCAGUGAGCUCAGCCUAAAUCCACAUUUAAACAUGAAUACCUUCUCACUCAGGAGUGUUUGUUAUCUGGGAUUUUGAUUAUUGAGGCUAGAGACAUUUUGAGUUCUUUUUUUGGACACCGGAGUUUGAGUUUGUUCAAAGCCAGAGAUUUAGAUUAGGUUCAUGCUGUGAAAAGGUUGCACUUCAAUCACAUGUUUUCAGAAGGAAGAAGUACAGAAAUAACUCCUGCAGUUCUUAGAACUCGCAGUUGGCUUCACUGAACCAGCUCAUUUAUGUAAAAUAAAUAUAAGGGCACGUAGUGUUCCCAUUCAUGAGCUCCUGGUUCAGUGAUAGAUUUUCUAAGGGAAGCAGAGUGCUGGGAGGGCAGUGGCCCCACAGCCAGCUCCAUGUGGUGUGACGGGCAGAGGGCUGUGUCACCACGUAGCACUUUCCCACCUUCCUUUUCCCCCCUCCAUCAGCAUUCAGCCCAGAUAAGAGUGGUAGAAUAUGACUUCCAGCCCUGACCAGACUCUUUAAAGGCACGCUGAUGAAAUACCAAUAAUGCAGAACUAAAUGCUGCAGCAGUGACUCAGUCCCUAAAGUCAGGGGGAACAUCCCCUCAUGGAGGGUUUGGUCAGAGGUGCAGGAUGGUUUAGUCAAUAUUUUUUAAGCUACCCUUACCUAAUGUACAGUGACUAAAGAUGCCUUAGAUUAUGCACAGUAGAAUAAUAAUAUUAUUUAAAAAUACCUAAAUCAUUUUCUUCAUCCGUUUCUGAUAUAUAUUUUCUUUCUUUCUGGGGGUGGUUUCUUUCAGACAGUGAAGCCAGACUGCUUCAUUCACAGCCGGUCAGUUCUUGUUUCUCAUGCAUUGGCACAAAGGUGUGAAAUCAGACUGGAAAAUGGUUUUCUUUAAUUGUUAGGGUUAUCCACCACUGGCAGGAGCUAGUAAGGGAAGUGGUGGAUUUGCCAUCUUCUGGGGGCUGCAGGUCUGAGCUGCCAUUCCAGAAGAGAUGCUACAGUCAAAUUACUGAUCUCAGCACAAAGGUAUGCAGCAGAAUGGUUUGCAGUAUGCAGGCAGUCAGAGCUAGCUCUAACAUUCUCCUGCUCUUUGAAUAAGUUACAUUGAAUUGUUAGCAAUUUCUAGCAUUAUCUGUUGUGUCAAAAAAAAAUUCCCCAUGAAAUUUAUUAGUUUGGGAAUUUAGAACGUGAAAUCUAGAAACUGAAAUCCUGCCAAGAGACUAGGCCAGAUGAAAGCAUCUAUCAUGGGGUCCCCUCCCAGGAUCACACCUCCAUCCCCCUACUCUGCCCACCCCACCUCCCUGGAACACUCUGCAGCAUUGUGCUAGUGCAUUGUGAGCCAAGGAAUGGUAUGUUUAGUCACCUCCCAGUCAAACUAGAGAUCAGCCACUGUGCAAUUGUGUACAAAACCAAUAAAAAUAAAAGAUAAUAAUAACAGAACUGCUUGUUCUUAUUUUAUUCCACAAAAGGAAGUGAACAAAAGAAAAAGUGGAAGAGGAUCAGGCAUUCAUCAGCUGAUGGCCUAUGUUUAUAGAGUGAGAAAGGAUUUCUGGUUUUCACCCUUACCUAUCUUUCUCCAGAUGUAGAGAUCCUUUUCCAUCCUCACUAAGAUUAUCCAAGCAAUGAAUAAGCCUGAAAUUCUGCAAAUAGAAGGAGCUUACCAUUGGCCUCAUGCUGCAAUUCUACACAGUUAUUUGGGAGCACCCUCCAGCAGGCACAGAGGGAUCUUAUGCUGCCAGUGCUGCUUCUGGAGGGUGGCACAGGCUGGGAAGUUGUGUGAUAAGGACACAACUUCUACCUCUGCACAGGGACUGCUGGUGUUUUCGGGAAGCUCAGCCUUGCUGGAAGACCAUCAGGCACCUUCUGCUUCCCAGAAACUGCUGUGCGACUUGAGAGGGAGAAUCCAGGCACUUUAUGCCCUUAAAAUAGCGAGGGAUACCAUUGUGAGUAUCCCUCUCAGUGUUUUUUCCUUUAGCUGGGAUUGGUGUUCAGGGAACUGGCAGACCUUUGACUCAUGGUGAUGUAGUGCUUGGGGUUGGAAGGGACCUUUAAAGGUCACCUUGUCCAACCCCCCUUCAAUAAGUAGGGACGUCUUCAACUAGACCAGGUUGCUCAGAGUCCCUUCCAGCCUGACCUCGAAUGUUUCCAGGGACGGGACAUCUCCCAGCCCUCUGGGCAACCUGUCCCGGGGUUUCACCACCCUCUUUGUAUCCUGUUGAUUAUUUAAGUGGCUCAAAGGUGCCAGUUCUCUGGGCUGCACUCAGUCUGUGAUUUGAAGAGUGUGUUUCUGUGACAGCAUCGAGAAGUGUUCACACAUGAGAAAUAAGGGAUUUGUUUCUUGUUUCAAAUGUAAAAACCUCUGAUGCACCCUCUCAAAAUGCUUUAAUUAAGCAGCUUUCCUUACAGACUGCACAAAUACUAUUUUUCCAAAGUUAUAUGAUCAGAUUUUUAUGUUUAAUUAUAAAAAGAUGAUGGAUGUCACUAAUCUUUUCCAUGUUGGAGAAAAAAGAUACCAGAAGAGAGCUUUUCUUUUUGCUGAUAAUAUGCGGUAGAUUAAAAAAAACCAAGAAAUUUUACAAUUUUAGACUUAAAACCUAUUCCAGAGUAGUCAAUGUAGGAAAUGCAGCUGGUAAGCACACUAUGUAUUAAUACAGUAGGAAGUUUAGCAUCAGAAUGAAUGUGGAAUUUGGGAGCCUAGUUCCUGAUGCAUGAAUGAAGGAGGCAAGUUCCUUUUUCUCCAUGUUUCUUGUUUUCAAGCAUAAAUUUUGUUGUUGGAGAGAAAGUUUCCAAAGUGUAGUUGGUUAUGCAGGAGAGGAAUGGGAUGUGGUGGUGGUUUUGCAAACUACCCUUUGAAUAUGCACAUGUUUGCAUAUGUACUUACGAAGUCUUACAAGCUCAGUCUGGAAGCAAUAUUUCAGACUAAAUAGCUGAUAAUGCUGAGCUCACCUAGCUAAAGGCAAAUACCACCUGAAUUUGCUGUUAGGCCUUGCAAAUUCUACAGCAGGUCCCAAAUAUGGCUUUUAAUUAAAAAGCACAGUAAUCUAUUCAAAUCCAAAAUGAUGGAACCUGACAAAGACAGUAGUUCUUUUAUUUCAACUAGAAUAAACUAGUCUGUCUCCAGGAACUCAUGAAAUGGUCUUAAAUAUUCUUAUUGGCUCCUUUUCCUCACAUUUCAUUUUAUAAUAAUGAAACUCAUCAUCUUCUAAUGAUCUAUACCAUACACUAGCCAUUAUACUCAACAAACAACAGCAUAAUCAAAUUAUUUUCUCUUACUCUGUUCUAAUCCAGUAGUUAGUAACAACAGAGCAAUCCUGUGCUUUCACAUGUGUUGAACCAGUGCUGAUCUCAGAGCUGUGCUGGUGCGGGGUCUUAACAUCAGCACUCAAGAAGAGGAAAAGCUGGCUGAAGAUGAGAAGGAGCCCCAAGGCACUGACUCUAUGCAGAUCACUCCGGGGAGUGGGCAUCAGUGCUGGCCAGGUAGAAAGGAGGGGGAAAAGACAUGCUUUCACAUGGCAUAAGGGCAUAAAUCCAUCUCCCUUCAAAGCAGGUACAGAAUGUUUUCCCACUCAUGUUACCCACCACAUGAGCAGGUUUGCUCCAGGCUCGGUUUGGUGCCGGGUGCUCCCCCUGCUUCCACAGGCAGACAAGUUUUGGGAUCCCAGACAACCUUUCUCCAUCUGAUUACUGUGAUCAAGGCAGAACCACUGCCAAUGCCAUUAGGCAAUGCCAAAUGCUGGCCAUGCACUCUCACCUGUUGAGACUGCCUUCUUGUUGCUGCAAAUGUCCCUUUUGAUCUCCAAGAAGCACAGAGGGAUCUGAUCUGUACCCUAGCAGGAGUGGGACACAUGCUGGCCUUCAAGGCAUCAGCUCUCUCUGUUCUGGUGACUUGACCACCAGGUAGAAGAAAAUGGAGCUGUUUCAGGCAAGCUGAUUGAGGACCUGAAGCUCAGGUUUAGCAAGUUUAUUUACCCUCAUACCUGAGUGCACAACAGCACUUGCUCACAGGCCUCCCAGCACACUCUUGACAUCUUGUAUUCUUUCAUUUUCUUCCAAGUAUGUGUAUCAGCUUCUGUGCAUUCAUAACACCCUGGGUUUAGAAGCUAUCCAGUGUUAGGAGGAAUAUAUGUAACCCUGUUGUCUCUGCCGGUGGUCGUAGGAGUGCAUCUGUCAAACAAACUUACUUAUGGCCACUGGGGUUUUCUAGUGAUAAAACCCAGCAGUAGAAUGACAGAGAGAGCAUUUUCCUUUUCUUCUUGCUUGGAUGAUAUUUUUAUACACUUUUAUAUGCAAUUUUUUUAAAUAUUUGCUAUUUUUAUUGUAGGGUUCUGGUUCGGUUUUUACCAGACCUUCUGGCUGUCUCCAGGCCCAGAUUCUCACAGGGGUAUUUCCCUUCCUUUUUCUCUUCCCCAGUAGACAAAAGCCAUUGUGUUUGCAACAUCAGCUUGGAGCGAAAGAACACCUUGGGCUUGGUCUCUCUUUUAGUUGCACUGAAAUCAAAGGAAGUUGCAUGCAAAGUCCUGCUGGUCCCACCACUGGGGCUGAAAAUGAAAUAACCUAAACAUACACAGCUAAUUGCACGCAGGGUGGUCUGUGUGAAGCCAAUGCAUCAGGGUGGUGCUGUCUUCCUGUGCUGUGGUAGGAUCUGCUUCCACCUCGAGGUGUUGAAAUAAGACUCUAUCUCCUCUUUGUUCUGAUGCUGCUGCUGCUUGCAGGCACUGCAGUCAAAGUCAUACCCCAGCGCACUGACUACCUUCAGCAUGGUGGCUUAUCUGGGGCAGGAGGUUCCACUGCUCUUGUGGUUAACCCUGCGGUGACAGGUCCUGACUGAUGUUAAGAAACUUUAAACCUAUUGGUAGGGAGGAUAAGGGGAAAUUAACCAAAUUUAAGGAUCUUGGUCUUGUAAAAAGUAACCUUUUCUCAGCUGGCAUUCUGCAGGGAAUUCGGUGUAUGAAGUUGAACAUAAACUUCAGUGUAUGUUUAUAUUAGCAGAACUGAUAAUGGAGAUGCCUUUCUUGAACUGAACUAAAAGAAACAGCAGAAACCUGUUCUCUAAUGUUUUCCAAGGAAGAAAGAGGCAGGUUGUUACACUGUUUUGCACUAGGGGUUAGACAAGAAGUUAAAAUGCAUGCUGAGAGCAAAUUUCAACACAUUUGCUCCUGGGAACGGAUGGGCAGAGUAAUGAAAAACAACCUCUUUGGUUUGUUAAGACUCAUAAGGAAACAAAAAAAAUGCAAACCUGAAAUGAAUGAUGCCGUUUGUAAUGCCAAGUAUUCUCAAUGUUAUGAGAAUAAUUUUAAACAAUAUGUAUUUAUUGCUAGUUCCUUAUUGGAAAGAAGAGGCUCGUGGUCUCUGAAUGUAUAAACCAUUUCUCAACAUUCCAGUUUUUCUGUAACUGACUCCAUGUAUGUUCAUCCUAUUACCAAAUAAAACCAAUGAGAUCUCCACUCCAUUUGAAUUAAA